UCUGACCCCAUGGCAGUUUCAGGAAUUAAAGCCACGAUGAAGCUGAAGCCCUUAAAAACACCUGUCUUUCACCAGAGAGAUAAAGAUCUUCGAGGAUCUUUCUCAGGCCAUUUACAACACAAAGAAUCAAAACUGAGUCCUGCACAACUUGAAGCUUUCCGUAAUGCUUACAACUUCUUCACCAAGGAUAGAACUGGCUGUAUUGAUUCACACGGGUUGAUGAGCACCAUAGCAAAACUGGGAAUGAAUCUGAACACGUACGAUAUCUACAACGAAUUAAAAUGUGCUGAUCUUGACAGGGACGGUAAGAUCAACUUCUCAGAUUUUAUAAAUGUGCUGACAGAUAAGAAACUCUUCCUCAAGGCUGUGGUUCCAGAAAAGAAAGUAUGCUUAGAUUUAGCUAACAACCCAGGAAUCUUAUUGUUUGAAAUCCUAUCAAAAUUUGUAGAAACCUCAGCCCUGCACAGAAAGGAUAUAAUAGAGCUAGUAAGCUAUUUCCGAAAAAAGUUCCAAGAGAGCAACUCGGAAAUACUGUGGAACUCGUACGGGAGGCGGGGUUUGAAGGCAGAGAUCUGCUCCCCUCCUCGGUCAAGCACCGCUGCCUUUGCCAACUCUGCCAGGAUCUCCAUCAUGAAAGAAAAGGAUUUGUAUAAGUUUCUUGAAGCGCUCAAACGGUGUAAUCUCCGUACAGAUAGCCCAUAUUCAAAAAUACCUGUGUUUCCAUUGUUUCCUGAUGUGGAUGGGGUGGUGAUGGGAAAACCAUUUAAAGACACACAAAAAAUAGAAAUGCUAAGGAAAAAGGAGCCUCUGUCUUUCUUUGAGGACUAUUUUUUCAAUAAAAGAGAUUGGAAAACACAGGCCAUGAAUGUGAAACCUCUCAAGUCUGCCUCAGGCUAUUCGGAUGACAUCUUAGCCAUUGACCACCUAUUCAAGAAAAAGCAACAUUGGACAGUGACCGAUGCAGCUGCCAUCAAACAGCAUGUAAAGAGAGCCACGGAUAGUUAUAACUUAGGAAUUGCCCUUGACCACCGGAAGGAAAUGCUGAACCUCUGGAAGAAGAUCCGAGGGGACUUGGUUGGGAUCGAAAGCAACAAUGAGUCCUUUUACAACACCUUUUCGACCUACACCUGGUCCUGGAAUGUGUGCCAGGAGCUGCUCUCCGCUAAGGACUUACGGUUGCACGAUGCCAGCGCCAACAAGAAUUCCCCCUCCAACUCGGGAUUUUCUUCCCCAUCAGACUUCAGUGAGUCUGACCUGGAGACAGGAAGGAAAAGGAAACGGAAAAGUCUCAAGGGGUUUCGGCAAUGAAAA